CAGUCGGAAUAAUGUUUGCUCAGCGAACUGCCUUCACUCUCGCCCGGCGUACCCCCAUUAGGGCCAUUGCCAGGCGGUCUUUUUCCGCAUCGGUCAUCCGACGCGAUGCUGGGAAGCCGGCCACGUCGAAAUGGGACCCUAAGCCCGGAGAGCCUGUGGGCAAGCUUGUUUCAUUCGAGGAUAUCGCGGAACAAACCGACCUUCUACCUCCCGGUGCGAAGCCCGGAACCAUGCCCACAGACUACGAACAGGCAACCGGUUUGGAAAGAUUGGAACUUCUAGGAAAAAUGCAUGGAAUUGAUGUUUUCGAUAUGCGACCGCUUGAUUCGUCGAGAAUGGGAACCUUAAAUGACCCGAUUAUCGUCAAAUCUGGUGGAAAUGAGCAAUACGCCGGCUGCACUGGAUACCCCGCGGACUCCCAUUCUGUCGUGUGGCUCACGGUAUCCCGCGAUCGACCAAUCGAGCGAUGCUCAGAGUGUGGAAACGUCGUUAAGAUGGAAUAUGUUGGACCUGAGAACGAUCCCCAUGCUCAUCACGAUGAACACCACCAUGCUCACGAAGAUAUAAAGACUAUGGCUGACUUUGUCAAGCCCGAGUACUGGUAUAAAUAAAUAAAUACCUGAGCGUCUUUGAGAGAAUGAAGAAAUGUUUUUGACAUUGUCUGCCUACUUUCGAAAUAUGAAGUCACAAAUUGACCUAAUGUAGAACAUGUCAACAAAACAAUAUUUUACCAUUUUCAUUCUCCCAUCAUCUCAACACACAUACACAUUGCGAACCCCAUCUCUCUCUGUAUAUUUCUCAUUUGCAUUCUUACCUUAUUGCGAUCGCGUGGGUCACAUGCCGACUCUACUCAAU